AUGCCGCUUCGUAAUCGAGGAGACGACAUCCCGUCGGAUGUCCGGGACGAAGCGAUAGAAGGAUGCGCAAGUUUCUUUGCCUUCGAUGUCGUGGACACGGAAGAGGUGAUGAAUACUUACGAGCAGCGCAUAAAGGAACUGGAAACCGAGAACACGCUACUAAAGACUUUUAAUCAGAUGAAGGAAAUCAUUGAAGCCGUUGAACAGGGGAAGAUGAUACAGUGGUACGACUCUUACUCGGACACAUGGAGAGAUUUCGAUUUCAAUCGUAACAACUUAAACUUCAAUUUUAUCCAUCGCAUAAAGCCGGAGGAACCGGAGGAACCGGAGAAGCCCACCCUUGCUGAAUACUGCAAGGGCAUCAAAGAGAAAACCGAAUACUACCCGUAUGUCGUGCACCCCAAUGACAGGGUGAUGAAUGUUGAAGAAGCACAUUGGGGUAUCAGUGUUCCCGAAAAGGUAUUACUUACCUUCAGUAUGGACCUCAAUGACCGCAAGUACACGUUCGUGGUGCUCCCGACGUGCAGUGCCAUAGUCAAGGAUAUGCUCCACCAUUACGCAGACUAUCCUCGCGAGCUCGCCAAUAUUGUCUUCAUCACUGACGAGAAGGUGGUAGUAUGA